AUGGAGCGCAAGCAGGAGAUGGAACUGGACCUGGCCCAGGUGGCGGAGGUGUGGCGCCAUGGCAGCGUGGUGCGUUCGUGGCUGCUGGACCUGAGCACCGAAGCGCUCAAGCGCAAUCCGUCGUUGGACGGCAUCGCCCCGUACGUCGAGGAUUCGGGUGAAGGCCGCUGGACCGUGGCCGAAGCGAUUGCCUUGGACGUGCCGGCCCCGGUAAUCACGCUGUCGCUGCUGGAACGCCUGCGUUCACGCGAAUCCAAUUCGUUCACCGACCGUCUGCUAGAAAACGCAUGA